UGACGAAUCUCUUUCGUCACAGGCGGGGAAAACCGAGCCUCCCCGACAAGCCGAUUCUCAGUCGGGUAUGUAAACAAGGUCAGGCACUGCAGCACACAGACUAAACACUUUGUGCAGCGGGCGGCUGCUCAGUUUCAACGCGAGAGAAGAAGACAACUUCUUCACCAAGCCACUGAGGACAAAGGACUCCAUUACACAGCAGCCAAGAUGAUGCAGUGUUUUCACUUCAUGGUGGAGCCGGCCAAAACCUUAACGGCCAAGAUUAAGGAAUCACACAAGAGAGCGCAGAAUGAGAAGAGGGAGCCUCUGGAUGAAGAUCAGCUGUUUCUGGUCGAUCUGGCUAGAGAUCUCAGCCGAGUGUGUCAGAGAUCAGGAGUCCUAGAGCACAUCUGGAACCUGGACGACACCUGGCCCACCUCUCUCUGCAGGGCCUUCAUCAUACUUUGGGCCUCCAUGUUGGAGAGCAAGAAGAGGCCCAUGCAGACAGAUGGUUGGCCCGAGGUGGAUCAGGGCAAACAGCCUGAUCUGAUCAAAGAGGAGGACCUGCUGCAGGCCAAAAAUGUGAUCCUCACCUGGAUCAAAGACCUGAGAGCUCAGCCCGAGCAAAGCGUCUGGCCCGGGGAGCCCGUGGCAAAGGUUCUGGAGGACCUGCAGUCGGCCUGGCGUUGGGGCCGUGCGCCCAAUCUGCUGACUGCCAUGGAGCUGGUGAUGUGGACUUUAAUGGUGCAGCGCCCAGAUAAGGACACCAUACCGCAGCAGUGGCUCAUGUGGAAGCAGAAGACUCAGAAGAUUGGUGCCAUAUCCUACAUCCCUCAACCAGUGUGGGACUGGAUCUCAGACGCUGCAGUGGAGGUGACUCUGGAUCAGGACACAGCCAAUCCUGAUCUGCUCAUCACCGACGAGAAGAAGAUGCGCUGUGGCUUUGAGAGGAAGGAUGUCCCCAACUACCACCAACGCUUCGACGGCUGGUGGUGCGCCGUCGGGUUGGAGGGCUUCACAUCCGGGCGCCACUACUGGGAAGUGGAGGUGGGUGAGCGGGACUGGAGGCUCGGCGUGGCCAAAGAGUCGGCCCUGAGGAAAGGCUUCAAGUCCCUGAACACAGAUACAGGAUACCUGACCCUGCGGCUGGAGAGGGGCACCGAGCUGAAGGCACUCACGGUGCCCUUCACUGCACUCCCACCGGGCCUCAUCCCCCGCAAGGUGGGCAUCUACCUUGACUACGACCGCGGCCAGCUGUCCUUCUAUGACGUGGACAGACACCUCCACAUUUACACCUACAACGAGAGCUUCGAUGAGAAGCUGUUCCCCUUGUUUGGUACAGUGGAGAUCAUCAAGGAUCUGGUGAUCAAGUCUCCAGCAGCUAAGACCCAUUGUCUCUGCCCUGCACCCUGCAUCUGGUCUUGAGUCUCCUUCGGCCAACUCUUCCUUUAAAAUCCAGUAGAUGUCAUAAUAAAGUCUAACUAAUCAGGUUAUGUAACAAUCACUGGGAGGAAUCAGAGAUCCUGAUGUAAAAGACCAUCAUUGUGCUAUUAAAUAGCUCCACUAUGUGACUAUGUGACGCGCUAUGCUGCUGCUGCUGCUACUGCUUUAAUGUGAUCGUUGCACCCUCUUCCUCACUAUAGAGCUGUAGUGCUACUGUUUGCUAACACACACACAUGAUGUAUUUUCAUAUAUUUUAAAGGAAACCUGUAGUAUUACCGUAAUGUAAUGUGCAAUAUUAACCCUGCAUUAAGAAUGCACUUCUGUGAAUAAUAAAUAAACCAAAUCCUCGUCAUGGCUUGA